CUGAACCAGAGUAGUUGAAGUGUGUUUUCAAUCCGAAAAUGACAAAUUAAAGGUUCGGUUGUGUUUUUGGCUUUGUUUUCUUUUCAUUUGGAAUCAAUCUUAAUAAAUUGGUGCACUAAUUGGGUAAUUUGAGGAAAAAAUUAAUUCAUUAAACUGCAAACUUGUGGCAUAACAGCGGUGUUUGGUGCAGGACUUUUUGAGGGGAAACUAAAGUACAUUUUUUAGGAGAUUUGAUUACGAAACUUCUAGAGCAGAAGAAAAUUCAAUAACAUUUCGCCCCUUUGCCCGGUGAACAUAUUUCUGAUUUUAGUUGUUACGCACGGAAGACAUCGAAGAAGGAAGUAAUUGAUUGCAUUCCGUAUUAAAAGACAAAGAAAACCAAGCAUCAUUAUGGCCUCACAUUAUCGUACAGAAACUGUGUUCGACUACAGUUGGAAACAGGUUGUACAAGCUUAUUGGAAUCGUUAUCCAAAUCCUGCAAGCCACCAUGUUCUAACUGAAGACACAAUUUCUCGAGAAAUACGCGAUGGCAAACUUUACUCACGGCGCAUAUUAUCGAAAACAAAUAGUGUACCCAAAUGGGGAGAACGUUUCUAUAAAAAUACCCCCGUCAAAAUUAUUGAAGAUUCCGUCCUUGAUCCCAAAUCGAAAACUCUGAUAACAUUUACACGUAAUAUUGGCUUUAAGAAGAUAAUGAAAGUCGAUGAGAUCGUUGAAUAUUCCGAACAAAAAGAUGGUCGCACAUUAGCAGUACGGAGAGCAUAUAUUAGUUCACAAGUAUUUGGAUUUUCUCGAGCCAUUAGAGCAUUCGGUAUUGAACGUUUUAAAUCGAAUUGUCAUAAAGCUGCCAACGGAUUUAACUUCGUUCUACAGCGAAUGUUUCCAAACCAUCAACACCAUGCUGCAAUGACAAACAACAAUACCAUGGAAUCAUCAAAGAAUGUAGAUCAUCAUCAUCAUGCUAGCACAGUUGCCACACUACAACAACAGCAAAGUAAAACUGAAGCCAUAAAGAAAGGCGUUUCGAACAGUUUCGAAUUCUUUAAGGGUCAAGCGAGUAAAAUUGCCCAAAUGUUUUCGGUCAAAAAUUGAUGAUCUUAACAACACAUCAAUAUAAGAUCUAUUUUUUUUAUGCAAAUGAUCAGUCAUGGGAAGGUGCGCCUGCGCUGUCAUAGCGGAAUGAGUAUUGUUUAAUACUAAAUGCCGGUUCAUUUGGAUUCAAAUAGCACCUUCAACUUUCAACUGGAUCUUCGUCAUAUUUGUAUGAAUAGUAUUAAUCUUAAGUAGCUUUGAGGGAUCUCUAGCGUUUGGGGAUUUGUUAAAAUGUACACAAGUGAUUUUUGAAAUGUUAACAAAUUCCCAUAACCUAAUAUAGAUUGCCUUUGGAAUUCUAUUCAUCAAUAGCAAGAUAUGUGAAAGCUUACGGUUAAAUAGACAAAUGAGACAAAGAACUUGUGUGUUUCCUUAGAGAUUUCAUUUCAAUUUAACUUUGUUGUAAACAAAUGCAGAACUAAUCCAGUGCCGCAGUACAGCCACCAGUCAUCAAUGAUGCCACCAAGGACAUGGUAAUAGUUUUCCAGCAUCAUGUUUAUAUUUUGUGUGGACUUUUUUUGUUUUGUUUUUUUCUUUCUCAGUGCUUAUCACUUAUUUUACUCAAACGAUGAUAAUGCAUUUCAUUCCAAAGAUUUUUUGAAAAAUACAAAAUCAGCAAAUACUCUAUUCUGAUGUGUAGUCACUUCCCAUAUCCUAGCAUCCUUAAUUGUUCUUGGCAGAGGACAAAAUAUAUCCUUCCCGGUUUUUUUUUUUUCAUAGAGAACCUUAAAGCUAAACAUUAGUUUAUAUCCUAUUCUUAUCUAAUUUGUUUUAAAAGAAUAUCAUGUUGUGUAAUCUAAAUUUAUAUAGUUUUCUUAAAUAAGCUUAAAAAUUUAUGUUAUUAGUUUCUAUAUUUUUGAUAUAUAAUAAGCGAGAAAAUAUAAAGAAAUACAAAGUAAUUAUUGAUACCGA